CCCGGUGACGUCACGUGGCGCUACCGCGCGCGGCCCCGCCCUCCCCGGCCCCGCCCCGCCCCUCCCAGCGCCGCUCCGGGACCCUCGGGCAGGAGCCACCAUGGAUCUGGUCCUGGAAGCCGCCGACCAGCACCUGCUGACGCCCUACGUGUACCCCGCGGGGUGGCCCGAGGGCGAGCCCUGCCGACAGCUCCUCAGCCUCUUUGUCAUCACCAACCUGGGCGCCCUGGCCCUCUACCUGCUCUUCGGCACCCUCAGCUACUACUUCAUCUUCGACCACGAGCUCAAGAAGCACCCCCAGUUCCUAGAGAACCAGGUGCGCCGGGAGAUCUGCUACGCGCUGCGCUCCCUGCCCUGGAUCAGCGUGCCCACGGUCGCCCUGUUCUUCGCCGAGGUGCGGGGCUACAGCAAGCUCUACGACAACAUCGAGGACUCCCCGUAUGGCUGGUCUGGUGUCUUCCUCAGCAUGCUGUCCUUCCUCUUCUUCACCGACAUGGGCAUCUACUGGAUACACCGGGGACUCCACCACAAGCUGUUCUAUAAGCGCUUCCACAAGCCCCACCACCUCUGGAAGAUCGCGACGCCCUUCGCCAGCCACGCCUUCCACCCCGUCGAUGGCUUCAUGCAGAGCCUGCCCUACCACGUGUACCCCUUCCUCUUCCCCCUGCACAAAGUCACCUACCUGGGCCUCUACAUCUUCGUCAACGUCUGGACCAUCUCCAUCCACGACGGCGACUACCGCGUGCCCCGGUUCCUGCGGCACGUCAUCAACGGCUCCGCCCACCACACCGACCACCACCUGUACUUCGACUACAACUACGGGCAGUAUUUCACCCUCUGGGACAAGAUUGGCGGCUCCUACAAGAGCCCCACGUCCUUUGAGGGCAAAGGCCCCCACGACUACUUGCGCAAGCUCCGAGAGAAAGACCCCGGGGCGCCCAACGGCCUCCCGGCCUCCAAGAGCGAGUAGGCUCCCCCUGGCCUGCCCCUUCUCCAGGAUGACAUUCCCUGGCUGGAUCUUGUCCUGUUCCUCCCUGGCCACUUGAGGCUGUUUUCCCACGGACAAAGAGCCCCUGUCCUUGAUGGUGUGACCAGCGUGGGGUGAUUCUUGCUGAGCCCGACCCUGACCCCAGAACGGCGGCGUCCGGCCUCGCUCUACACCACAGAUCUGCCCUGUUUUCCCUGUUGCUUCCCUUCCCAGCUGCCUUUGGAUCUCUGCUAAGGUCCCCUGCGCUGCUUUAGUGCUGUGCUGCUGCUUUACAACGAGAAUAACAUGGCACAAAUAGAACAAUAACGUGGCACAAAUAGAACAAUAACACGGCUCGUGGUCGGGUCCCCGUUCGUCUGCUGUUGCCAUCGUGGAGUCCAUCGGGACAGGCUGUAUUUUGCAAAAAAAAAAAAGCUACUAAUGCCUACCUUUUGUGGGUGUUGUGGGUCCUCCUGAUGGCUCCUCGAUGAGCCAGGGCUCAGUGGGACUCCUUGGUGGGACUCGACACUCUCUCCUCCUUCCUCUCACCUGGGGAUGCCCCGUGGGGUGUGGAUGGGACACAUCCCAGAAACAGUCCACCUGUAGGACAGAGAUGUACUUUGAGUCCUGCAGGUCCCUCGAGCUCCCUGAGAACGCUGAGGGAGGGGGGAGGAGGAGCAGAUGCCUGGAUGUGAGGGGCAGGGGUUUCUCCUCACUCGGGGGUUCAUGGCUUCCCCUCCUGAAGGCCCUGUGUGUUUCCUGCUGGAAUCUGGUCCCCCUGCCUUUGGGUUCGACCCAUGUUCAAUAAAUCUCACUUGCCAACGAG